GAUGCUGUGGUGGUUCUCGGUGGAGGACCUCAGAGUAAAGACGGUUCCUUGCCGGAAUGGACGAAGAGACGAUGCGACGCUGUUGCCGAGCUCUACAAGUGCUGCAAGGGCAAGAAUCAGAAGCUCAGGAUCGUUACUACAAGUGCUGGCACUGCUCACACGCCAAGUGUCAUUGACUCCGAGGGCUUUCCCGUCACUGAAGCUUCUGCUUCCGCCCAGUACCUGAUCAGGGCUGGGGUGGACGCGAAGCACAUCGUGCAGGAGGCACAGGCAUGGGACACCAUCGGGAAUGCUUGGUUCACCCGCGUGAUGCACUCAGAUAUCCGAGGAUGGAGAAGGCUACUGGUUGUCACCUCCGACUUCCACUUGAACCGCACCAAGGCCAUCUUUGAGUGGGUUUUUGCGCUGCCUCCUGCUCAAAGACUGCGAUUUGUUGGGAUUUCAGACGAAGGCAUCGAGAUCGCAGAGGAGAGGGGGAAGAGGGAGGCGAAGUCAUUGGAGGGCGUGAAGCAGAACGCGCAAACUCUCAAGACGAUGGAAUCUUUGCACGAGUGGCUGUACACUAAGCACGGAGCUUAUGCUGCUGCUGUUAGAGUUGAGAGGCUGCCUCCUAGUGAGAGAAAGAUAUACAACGGCUAA